AUUCCGACUGAUUUGACCGCGCGAGAGCUCUGGAGCGCGUGAAGCAGUCACUCUUUCUGACCACUGCUUUGAUCAGAUAAGAGGUUGAAGCCCACACAUUCCUCAGCAGUUCGCAACUGAAGCUACAUUUUGAAAGAUGGAUUGUUCAGAGGAGGUUCAGUCUGUGUCUGAGGAGCCCAUAGCGCAAAUGGAGCUGAAAAAAGGAAUGUCGAUUUUCAUAGAUAUUUUACGGAGAGCUGAUAAAAACGAUGAUGGAAAGCUGUCCUUUGAGGAGUUCAAAGCCUACUUCUCUGACGGAGUCUUGACAGCUGAGGAAUUAAAAGAGCUCUUCCACACAAUUGACACUCAUAACACAGACAAUGUGGACACUGAUGAACUCUGUGAGUAUUUCUCCCAGCACCUCUGUGAAUAUGAGAAUGUUCUCGCUGCCUUAGAAGACCUGAAUAUGUCCAUACUGAAGUCAAUGGACAAAACCAAGAAGGAUUAUCAGGAGUCCACCCACUUGGAGCAGUUUGUGACCCGCUUCUUGCUGAAGGAGACAACCAAUCAGCUACAUUCACUUCAAAGCUCUCUGGAGUGUGCCAUGGAAACCACCGCUGAGCAGACUCGCCAGGAGAAGCAGGGCCUGCUGAAGCCAGAGGUGUUGUCCAUCCAGUGGUCAGGCCGUCGCUCCCAUCGCAGGCUCCAGAGGAACAGCAGCCUCUCUCCGAACAACCCUCUCCUCAGUCUCGUCAAUUCAGGUUUUUAUGAAGAAGACAGCCAGUGGAUGAUCCAGGUCAACCGACUGCAGAGGCUCAUCGACCGUCUCGAAAAGAAGGAGAUCCGUCUGGAGCCCGUGGAAGAGGAGGUCUUGGAGAGCAAAUCGCACAUCCUCAUAGUCCAGAGGCAGCUCUCGGUGCUGGAGGAGGAGCUGGAGGAGUUCCGCGUGGCUCUCAGACAGUACAUGGAUUGUGCCUGCGUCCAGACUGGAUGUCUACACGUCGCAGUGCAGCGGCUGGCCAAUGAAUCACGCUUCAUUCUCUAUGAAUUCUGGGAGCAUAACAACGUGUGGAAGAAUCACCUGCAGACCAACUACAGUAAGACCUUCCAGAGGGGCAACGUGGACUACCUGGAAACCCCUGAGAGCAUAACCACCAUGCUGGUUCCUGCUUCAUGGUGGGUCCUCAACAACAACUGAACGUGCACGAGCAACCUUCACAGAUCAUCACUGACGGGUGCCGAGAGCUACCUGUCAACACACCCGGAAGUGCAUAGCAGCACACAUACAAACACACAUGCACGCACGCACGCACACACACACACACAUGCACACACACACACACACACACACGCACGCACACACAUGCAUUAACUCAAUACAAAUCUUGUGAAGUCGUGGUGAUUAGUAGUUAAGACUUCCAUGUCCCAUCAUAGUAAUAGGUGGUAGUCUGAAAUAGUCCACACGUAUGUGUUUGUUUACACUCAUAGACGACGCUCUGACGUCCUAAAAGCAAUAACCUCAUCAGACGGAGACCCAUCUGAUGAUCUGACAUCAUCACUGUGUUUUAACUGACAUCAUCUGCAGCCCGGAGUAGAUCAUGAGGACGGAAGCGAGCGGUGUGUGUUUGUGUGUGUGUGUGUGUGUGUGUGUGUGUGUGUGUGUGUGUGUGUGUGAGAAAGGGGGGGGAGAUAGAGGGAGAGAAAGAGAGAGGGAAGGACAUAUACUUAUAUCAAUUGUAGCAGCUCCGGCGAGCUCAUUAAAACAUAAUUAUGUUGUGUCUGUAUUCAAUGUGUACAAUAAGAUAAGCAUAAAUAAAGACAAUAUAUUGUUGUGUAUCAUG